AUGGAAGGUAAAUCGUUAAACGGUGUCGUACCGGAACCGAUUGAUAUCACGCAUCAGACAAUAGGGGCUCGUCAAUUCGGCAACAACGUGAGUGAUGAGAAAAAAUUGGCAAGAGACAAGCACAGCGACGGCGCGACUGAGCCACAGCGGCAAGAGCGCGGCACGCGCCGGUGGGGGCUUCAUUCACAAAUCGAGUGGCGGGGCAUGGAACGCGCGGGGCCUGACCCAUAG